GCUAUUAGCAUCCUUAAAUAAUAAUAAUACUGCUUCCUGCGUUUUUCUGCGUUUCACAUCUUACAAAUAUAAAAAGAGGUUCUGCAUGUUUGAAAUUAGUCCUCCGAAGUUUAAGACGGACAAAGACAAAAAAACAUGGAUGUUUAACACGACCCAUGUAAGAACGGCUGUGGCCACUGCUGGCCCCAUCCAUGGGCAGUGUUUUGGCUCUGUCUUCUCAUCCUUUCCAAAUCCACUCUCCAUUUCCUCACAGCACCAUCCCACAGCGAUGGGAAAGAAAAGAUGGACGCUUGCCCAAUCCAGGGGGCUUCGAUGAGCUACACAGGAAGUGCAAAGAUGUUUUCCCUCAGCAGGUUGAAGGAGUGAAGCUUACCAUCAAUAAGACUCUCAGUAGCUGCUUUAAGGUGAGUCAUAUCCUUCACCUCAGUGCUGUUGGUCCUUCGAACUAUCGCUUUAAUGCUUCAUAUUUAUCUGACCUAGAAGGAAAAGGAAAAGCCUUGCCAAUGCUAACAGGAGAGAUGGAUUCUUCAGGAAGUCUUAAUGCGCAGUGGCUGCAGCUUUUUAGCGAUCGGAUAAGAGCUAAGGCUGUCUUCCAGACUCAAAAAUCCCAGUUUCUAACAUGGCAGUUUGAGACGGAAUAUCGAGGUGAUGAUUUCACUGCUGCUGUUACUAUGGCAAACCCAGACAUUUUCACACAAUCUGUAAUUAUGGUAGCACACUUUCUGCAAAGUAUGUCUCCUCAGCUAGUUCUAGGUGGAGAGCUGGUUUAUCACCGUGGCAGAGUGGAGGAGGGAGGUAUUUUCACGCUGGCUGGACGUUACACUGGUCCAAAUUGGGUAGCCACUUUAAAUGCUGGAAAAGGAGGUGCACAUGCCAGCUACUAUCACCAAGCAAAUAAACAGAUCCAAGUAGGUGUGGAAUUUGAAGCCAGCACAAGAACACAAGAAACAAUGUUUUCAUUUGGCUACCAAUUUGACAUUCCAGAAGCCAAUAUGGUCUUCAGAGGGACUUUAAACAGCCGUUGGAUUGUUGGAGCUGUGUUAGAGAAACGGUUGUCUCCCCUUCCUGCUGUUCUGACUUUGGGAGCAUUUGUCAACCACAGAGGAAACAAAGUCCAGUGUGGUCUAGGAGUGACGGUUGCAUGAUAUGUGCCGACACUUUAUAUAUUUUUUGUUUUUCUUUAUAUAUUGUUUGUAGGGUUGCUGAGGGCUUCCUUUUUAGGUUCAUAAUGAUUUUGCACAGUCCAGUUUAUUUCACAUUUUAAACGCAAAUGCCCUGAUUAUGUAACAAAGAAAUUCUUUUUUAGGGCAAUCAAUGUAAAAAGAAAGACUACCAAAAUGUAAUAUUAAUAGUAUUUUUUAAAGUUUUUAAAUUAUUUAUUUAUUCAUUUAUUUAUUUAAACCAUUCAUGAUAAAACCUUUUUACAUGUUAGUUAUUUUUAUGGAGGAUUUAGAAAUGUUGCGAAUGUUGAGUUAUGCAUAUUGAGGUUUAAUAUAUCCUUACAGUGUAGUACAAAUGUACUCAUGUAUGCUGUAUUUCAUGAGGUUGUUUUUUCAACAAACUUUGCAUAAAUUACUUUAAUACUUUUUAAUUAUGCUACCUCAAAAAAGAAAGUCUUCUUUUCAAAACAUGCUUUCUAGAUGCCCCGAAAACCUCACUCAUACUCCUUUCCCUUAAUUUUUAGUGUGGAGAAAUCGGGAUGGUCUGGCACCUGGCCCUUAUAAACCAACAAUUUGCACCAGAUAAAGGGACCAUUUACAGAGGAUUCAAAUAAUAUUCAGUCCACUCACUUUUUUCCCCAUAUUACUUACUAUGUUGUAGCCUUAUGCUAAAAUUGUUUAAAUAAAAAUUUCCCCCACAUCAGGCAACACCGUCAGUACUCCAGAAUGGCAAAGCAUAAAAUGUUUUUUUUGUAAUUUGUUGAUAAUUUCUUAAAAAUAAAAAGUGAAAUAUCCCAUUAUACACUGCAAAUUUGAAAAAAGUGAAGGGAACUGAAUACAUUUGGAAUCCACUGUGUCGCUAUACCUAAUUUAAAGACUGGCAAUGCAAACUAAUGACGAAUAUUCAAACUUGCAGUGGUCAUGAAGGCCCCAUCACAUGUAUACUAUAUUAACAUAAAUUCUGUUUUACUUUUUGAAAGCUAGAGUAAUACAAUGUGUUCGCUUUUGUGUGGAGAGCAGAAAGCACUAGCAAAAUUGAAUUUACUGGAGAAAAAAAAUACAAUUUAUUAGUUUCUGAGUUGUACAUCAUAUGAAAUUACAUACAUAUCUCUCGAUUAUAAUAAAAUAAAUCUUGGGUCGAGACGUGAUCUUCUCGGAAAGACACUUUGACGUCCCGCGAGACUAGACU